GGAUGGGAACGGAUACUCAGCCCCCGAGUCUCGCUCUUGGCCACAGCCACUUACGCUCCAGCUCUAAAACCGGGAUUCUUCCAAAUCUACGCCGGGCCACUCCGGUACUGAGUCGAUGAGCCCCGCGCAAACUCUGCUGGAGUGCGGACUGUGCUUUUAUUAAGUGUACUCCACUCUAAGAGUUGUGGACUAUCUACCCUGAGUCCCAGCAGCAGCUGCUGGUGUAGUGCCGCCUCCCCGUCCUCCUCCCCCAAGCUCUGACUUCUAGGAGCCCUGGCACCCCGGGGGCCUCCCACAGAGUGUCUGUCUCCCAAAGUCGUGCACACGCUGCCUCCAGCCAGGCACACUGGGGCUCCCGCGACUUCUCUCCGCUCGGGAGUCGCGAUGCCCUUGGGACACAUCAUGCACCUAGAUCUGGAGAAGAUCGCCCUCGAGUACAUCGUGCCCUGCCUGCAUGACAUCGGCUUCUGCUACCUGGACAAUUUCCUGGGCGAGGUAGUAGGCGACUGCGUCCUGGAGCGCGUGAAGCAACUGCACUGUAAUGGGAACCUGCAGGACGGACAGCUGGCUGGACCCCGCUCCGGAAUCUCCAAGAGGCAUUUGCGUGGAGAUCAGAUAACCUGGAUCGGGGGCAACGAGGAAGGCUGCGAAGCCAUCAACUUCCUCCUGUCCCUGAUCGACCGGCUGGUUUUGUACUGCGGAAGCCGCCUGGGCAAAUAUUAUGUCAAAGAAAGGUCCAAGGCUAUGGUGGCUUGCUAUCCUGGGAAUGGGACUGGUUAUGUUCGACACGUGGACAACCCCAAUGGAGAUGGACGCUGUAUUACCUGUAUCUACUAUCUGAACAAGAACUGGGAUUCCAAGUUACAUGGUGGUAUCCUUCGGAUAUUCCCAGAAGGAAAGUCCUUUAUAGCAGAUGUGGAACCUAUUUUUGACAGACUACUCUUCUUCUGGUCAGAUCGUAGGAACCCACAUGAAGUACAGCCUUCCUAUGCUAUGAGAUAUGCUAUGACUGUUUGGUACUUUGAUGCAGAGGAAAGAGCAGAAGCCAAAAAGAAAUUCAGGAAUUUAAUUGGGAAAACAGAAACCUCCCGAAGUGAGGUCUGAGCUGGAGAUCAGCUGGCACUGUUCCUUUCACAAACACUGUCUCUGCAAGCUACAAGAUCCAAAGAUGUCCUCUUCAUUGACUUGUGGGAAAGAUACUCUUUCCUACAAAUGCACCAUUCAUGUCUCUUAUCUUGCCUGUGGUACUCUGCAUUCUUCUGCGGGACUCUAUUCAUCUCCAGAUACUCUCUGUGACUUUGGAAGAACUUGAAGACUUGCCGAUUCCAGAGAUACCGUUGAGCAGUGACCUGUUCAGCAAGUUUAGCAGAUGACUUUUGGGCUCCACCCAUUGUAAAGAUGAUGAACAUGGAAACAAACAUAGGGGAGGGAACAAAUCUUAUUUGCACUUUACGUAAACUUUUUGGAUUGAAAGAAAGCUUUGCCUCUGGAAAUGCUGCCUCUGGAAACAAAUUGAGGGAAAGUUGAGUGUUCCUAGUGCACCAUUCAGCAACAUAUCCUUGGACAGGCUUUCUGUGGCUUAGCUCAAGUGUAUGUUUUCACUGUCUCUACAAAGGGCUGUUGUUGUCAUUGUAAUACCUUCAUUUAUGUCUUAUUGGCAUAUAUCCUUUCUUCCUGGUCUUGGAAGUAAGGCUUCCUGCCUCUGCACAAGUUGAGUGAAAUUGUUAACUUUGGAAGAGAUAACAGUAUCAUUUUACUUCCCCUUUAAUUUUCUUCCCUUAAGAGAUUGAUUCCCCAGAAGUCUAGCCAACGCUGGAAGUUUAACAUUAUUUUAUUGUUUCCUUAAUGGAUAGAGUUGUGAAUCCAAGAUAAAAAUCUAUCUGGACCUUAGAACUGAUUUAUAAUUUUGUUAAAAACAAACAAACUAGAUCUCGGGUUAACAGUAUUUUUUUUAAUUAACAAAUUUUUUUUCUUCCCAUUAUCUCCCCCCUCCCCAACCCAAUUUUAAAAAAGAAGAAAGAAAAAAAAAAUACUUGCAUAACAUGUUUUGUCAAACAAACAAAUUGCUGUAUUGGCUGUGUCCACAAUUAAA